CCCUGAGCUUCUUAAUACAUAAAGGAACCUUACCACUCAGUAAUCUCUCUCUGUGCACAUAUAUAGGGUUUCCUUUCAUCAACAGAUAUUGGAUCCAUGAACAAGGGUUCAAAUACUAUUUCUCCUUGAUCACCCUUUUUUCUGCUUUUGAUCAGUUUCAACACUGAUUUUGGGAUCUCCAAAGAAAUUGGUUUGGUUGGAUCUUGGAAAACAAGCUUUUGCUUCUGUUGAAUCAUCUGUGGUGGUUUUGUUAUUUGGUCGCAGUUACCUAAUUGGAAGGGAUGUAUACUUGAGGCUGUUAUUAAGCUUCAUCGUCAUCAAUGGAAAAAAGGAGUAUAUAGAAUUAGAAGAAUUGAUUACUUAAAUAGAAAUGGAUGAGAGAAUUUGCAUAUCCGAAGAAGACAAGAGUAAAGGAAGCAAACCCUCUUCUCCAAGUCUUAGAAAACGUUCAUUGUUCGAUUUGAAUGAAGAAGCUGUGAAUGAUGGAGAUGAUAGCACCAGUAGUGAUGAUGGCCCAAACAAUGAGAUAUCAUCUCAAGAAGGUAAUUUGAGUAGUAAUAAUAACUCAAGUGAAGAAGGGAAAGAACGUGCAAAUACGGUUAGGCAAUAUGUGAGAUCCAAAAUGCCAAGGCUCCGUUGGACUCCUGAUCUUCAUUUGGCUUUUGUGCAUGCUGUUGAGAGGCUUGGAGGACAGGAAAGAGCAACGCCCAAGUUGGUUCUCCAGUUGAUGAAUGUGAGAGGACUUAGCAUUGCACAUGUGAAGAGUCAUUUGCAGAUGUAUCGAAGUAAAAAGCUUGAUGAAUCUGGUCAAGUUUUAUCCCAAAAUAGGGCAAUGCAAGGAAGGCAUGCUAUUUUUGACAUGUACGGAAGACUUAAUGCCCCACGACACUUUGGCGUUGAUAACAGGAACUAUCUGCCAUCAUCUCUGUUUCUGGAACAACCACCUUAUGAAGUCAAUGCUCAUGGCCCUUCAAGAUUACACCCCACAGGGCUUUUCAGUAGUCACAUGAUCGUAAGAUCAAGUUCAGUGUGGGACAAAGAUUUACAUAAUUACCAGUAUCAACGUAGUUCCUACAGUCCUAACUUCACUAGCCGCGCCAAGUUUGAUGCCGAGGUUCAUAAUGUGAAAAAUCGAAUGCCAGAAUUCAUAAAUCAUGUUCCAGCAUCCAAACAAGGCCACGUGAAGGAUCAACUAGAAAGGUUGAAUGAGAAGAAAGGGCCACCUAGUUUCAUGGAGCUAAAACUAAGUCAAGAUUCAAUAAAUGUUAGAGAUCACCUGAUGAACAAAGAUGCAGAAAGUGAACAAGAAAUUAAUACGAGACUCUCUCUUUCGUUGUUCACUUCCUCAUCCUCAAAUUCAACACAGCAAGCUCAAUGUAGGGAACAGCAUAAAGACAAUACCCAUGUUGAGAGUUUUUGUUUCCAAAAUUAUGCACCAAGGAGUCGUUUGGGAUGAGUACUUAUUAGGAUCUAACCGUGUCAAAUAGAGCAUAUAGGAGUGAGAUCUUCUAAGUACUUGUCUUAACAAUCACAUAUAUGCAUGCAUGGACCUUUACUCGGUCUUCAAACUAAAUAAGUAAUUUUAGUUAUUUGACUUUUUAUGUCAUUUACAUAAGAAGAAUUAAUUAGAGAGAAUAUUAUGCAUUAUU